AUGGUCAAAUACAUUGUCGCUGGCUAUCACAAGACAGGAACAAAAUCACUCUCUGCCGCUUUCCGCUCCCUCGGUCUUCGGGUCUACGAUGCUCCCGAAAUUCAUCUGUACAUGAGAACGACUUGGAUCGACUUCCUCGCGGGAAAAAUCACCAUUGAAGAUGUAGCAGACGAGUACGAGAACCAAAACGUCGAUGUCAUUGUCGACUCUCCCGGCUUCUUCUUCUGGAAAGAGUUCCACAGAAUUUGGCCGAAGGCAAAAGUGAUUUUGACGGAGCGAGAUAGUACUGAAAUUUGGUGGAGGAGCGCAAAGAGCUUUUUCAACAAUUUGAAUCAAUGGGCGCCCUGCAAAUACGGCUGGUUUUUCAACUAUCUUUCUCCGACUGCCUACUCUACGCUGGUGGGUCUUACUUAUCCGAUGAUGUUGAUGAUUCAUGGAACGCUGAAGAUGUACGUCCAGCACGCGGAUUUGGACAAUCCGUCUGUUAUGAACAUCAUGAUAGCACGAUACGAAGCCCACAAUGCAUACGUCAAAUCCGAAGCCGACGAGCGCUUCCUCAUCUACAACGUCAAACAAGGCUGGGGACCACUUUGCGAGUUUAUGGGGAUCCCAAAAAUCGCCGGUCCAAUUCCUCACCACAACCAGUCCAAAACCAAAAACGAUACGAGAGAGUUCAUGGAUGAUAUGAUGACGCCUUUCGUGAAUCAAUGCAAAAAAGAGAUCUACAUAACUCUGACGGCGAUCGUGAUUGGCCUAAUUGGCAUGGGCGUCGCAAUUGCCUUCAUCGUUAAACAUCAAACGUAA